CAGCGCUGUCACUGUUAUGGUCCUGUCAGGGCGCCGGCGUCGAGGUGUCGGGGCCGUGGCCACGGCGGAGACUUCGGUGGGGCAUUGUCGGGGGCGCUGCGCUGGUCCCGGGCUCGCUUCCGGCCUGCGCUUCCCGGCUCGCGGGCUGCACCGUAGGGCGCCGGUGCGGGUCGGCGCCGCGGCCGCCUUGGGGCCUGGGCCCAGCCGCAGCCUCCUCCACCGCCGCCGGCUCCCAGCGGCCGCGAGAUGCAGCCGCCGGGCCCGCCCCCGGCCUAUUCCCCCACCAACGGGGACUUCACCUUUGUCUCCUCGGCAGACGCGGAAGACCUCAGUGGUUCAAUAGCAGCCCCAGAUGUCAAAUUAAACCUUGGUGGAGAUUUUAUUAAAGAAUCUACAGCUACUACAUUUCUGAGACAAAGAGGAUAUGGCUGGCUUUUGGAAGUUGAAGAUGAUGAUCCUGAAGAUAACAAGCCACUCUUGGAAGAAUUGGAUAUCGAUCUGAAGGAUAUUUACUACAAAAUCCGAUGUGUUUUGAUGCCAAUGCCAUCACUUGGUUUUAAUAGACAAGUGGUGAGAGACAAUCCUGACUUUUGGGGUCCUCUGGCUGUUGUUCUUUUCUUUUCCAUGAUAUCAUUAUACGGACAGUUUAGGGUGGUAUCAUGGAUUAUAACUAUUUGGAUAUUUGGUUCACUAACUAUUUUCUUACUGGCCAGAGUUCUUGGUGGAGAAGUUGCAUAUGGCCAAGUUCUUGGAGUUAUAGGAUAUUCAUUACUUCCUCUCAUUGUAAUAGCCCCUAUACUUUUGGUGGUUGGAUCAUUUGAAGUGGUAUCUACACUUAUAAAACUGUUUGGUGUGUUUUGGGCUGCCUACAGUGCUGCUUCAUUGUUAGUGGGUGAAGAAUUCAAGACCAAAAAGCCUCUCCUGAUUUAUCCAAUCUUUUUAUUAUACAUUUAUUUUUUGUCCUUAUAUACUGGAGUGUGAUCUAAGUCACAUGUGAGUAGAAAAAGACAAUGUUACCUUUGCGUGAAGGUUGGGAAUUCUUGCUGAAAGGAUUGAAGAAAAGCUGUUGCUGAUAAAAUUUUACGUGUUCCAGAUACAAAGACAGGUUUAAGGCUUUUUUAAAACAAUAUUUUGUUUUUGGAUUUAAUUAAGCAAUUGCAGUUAUCUGGAUUUUUUUUAAUCAGAAUUCUGAAUUCUGUUUGAUUCUUCAUAUUCCAGUCAAUAAAAUAUAAAAGCAUUGUGUUUUUAA